GCAGUAAUGUGGUGUAUGUGAGAUUUCAGAGCAGCUCUGCGGCCGGCUGGGAGCUGACAGAUGGUGGGUUUGAACUACUUCCAAAACUUGCUGCAAGUUGAAUCUCUCUUUUGAUGCCUGCAUCAGUAAAGUGAAGUGUGGCUCACUAAUAGGUAAAGGGGGAAUGCAAAUAGAGGAAAACGAACAAGCUAAAGCAGAGAUGGGGACCACAGGUGCAAGGUUUGGCUGAGCUCAUCCCUAAUUUAUAGUCCCACCUUCUUGCCUAAAUGCCCCGAGUCAUUGCUCCAUUUUAAAAAUGGAGCAGCUCCAAUGAAAUAUACAAAGCAGAGAAGCCUUUCUUUAGCACAUGCCACUGAGAACUGAUGCACAGCUGAAAGCAGAGCUUUUACAGGUUGGAAGUUGGCUAUGGCAGUUCCAUUCCUGUGGAAGGCAGCUGCGUUGGUAGAGAAGCACAGGACUGGCUUGUUGGCAGUUUCCUGCGCAGGACUGUUUGGGGCUAAUCUUUCCUAUCAUGUCUUUCCCGAGCAGACGUUCAAACUGUGGUAUCAGUGCUGGACUAAGGGGCAACCAGCUGAGGUCUCAGAGAAACUACGCAGCCUCUUCCAUGAUGUUCUGGAAGAUGUUGGCGUGAAGUCCGUGAAUUGUUACCAACCCUUUGCAGCUUUUGGCUUCCACCCAGUGAGUGCUGGGAUCCCGUGGCUGCCAGCAGGCUCUCUGGUGGGCAUCCCUGCCAAUUUCAAUAGCACAGCGGCGGACAGACAAGGAAUUGUCAACCGUGUCGUUGUGAUAAAUGGCAGAGAAGUGGAUUGGGAGAGUAAACAAGGGCUAGCUUUGAAGGAAGCCUUGAUGUUUUCACCAGAGGCUCAGAAGUUUGCCAUUGCCAGAGAGAUUGUGUACUUGCAAAGCAAUAGCCCUGUAGUUUAUGCAGCUGUGCCUCCUGCUUGCUUAGCCGGCACCUGUCUGUCUGGGGUGGCUAUAAAGCAGCUUCUGGGCUUGUAUUCUGGCCCCAUGGUGUUUCGAGGCAUUUAUAACAUCACCAUUGCAGCAAUCGGACUUGUCGGCUACUUUCUUGCUUAUGAUGCCGUGAGCCACGCACUAGACUACAGGUCGGACAGAAAGGCGGCCACUAUUUCCAAAGACUACGCCAGAGGUGGGGUGGAAUUCUACGACAAAAUCCUGUCCCGCAACAGGACUCUCCGCACGCUUUGGGGCAAACAAGGAGAGAAAAUUUAUGCCCCUAGCGGUAAUCUUUUCCCUAGGUACUGGUUCAGAUUAAAGCACGCUCCAUACACUUCCAGAAGAGACUUGAUCGUUAAUAUUUUAAGAGUGCCCCAGGCAUAGGGAGUGAUUGGAUUUUAAACUUGUAAAUUAUGUAUUCUCUUGGAACGCCACUGUACUGCCUUCCUCUCCCCUCCCCCGCAACUUCAUUCAUGCACUGUUUUUUAUUUUUGCAUAUAGUCUGGAAAUAGUGUUUAAUUUUUCAUUCACUGGACGCAUAUCUCUUAAAAAAUUAAAGACCUAUUUCAAAAGUC